AUGGAGUAUAUUCAUGGGCAACUUUACGAGCGAACAGUGGAGUCUGGCUGCGGUGCGGUCACCUGCUUACCCGGAGCGUUGACGAUGCUACGAUUUUCCGCAUUCAGGAGAAUGGCCAAAUACUACUUUGCGGACAAGGCAGAGCAGUGCGAGGAUCUUUUCGACUUUGCCAAGAGUCAUCUGGGAGAAGACAGGUGGCUGACCCAUCUGUUCAUGAUUGGAGCGAAGAAGCGAUAUCAGAUCCAGAUGUGCACUUCAGCAUUCUGCAAGACUGAAGCUGUCCAGACAAUGAGAUCCCUGAUCAAGCAGCGGCGUCGCUGGUUCCUUGGGUUCAUCACCAACGAGGUAUGCAUGUUGACUGAUUGGCGCCUUUGGAAACGGUAUCCCAUUCUCGUCCUGGUCCGCUUCAUGCAGAAUACCAUUCGCACGACGGCGCUGCUGUUUUUCAUCAUGGUUCUGGCCUUGCUCACGACCACGAAGAAGAUCGCCGACUUGCCCGUUGGAUUCAUUGCUGUAUCGCUGGGUCUAAAUUGGCUCAUGAUGAUAUAUUUCGGGGCGAAACUGCGACGGUUCAAGAUCUGGCUAUACCCGAUGAUGUUUGUCCUCAACCCCUUUUUCAACUGGUACUAUAUGGUGUAUGGUAUCUUCACGGCUGGCCAAAGAACAUGGGGCGGUCCACGAGCCGAUGCUGGUGCAGCUGACAAGACGACAUCGGUGCAAGAGGCUAUUGAGUACGCCGAGAAAACAGGCGACGAUCUUAACAUCGUCCCGGAAACAUUCAUACCCGCUACGAUAGCACAAAAGGAGGAGAAAGCCAAAUUGGAAGGCAAGGGCGGCGCAGUUUCCAGAUCGAAGAGCAAGAUCCAGCCUCCAGACAAGGUCGAUGGUAUUUUCGCCGCCCCAGAGCGUACAGCAAGCGGCUGGUACCAGUAUCCGGCCGACUCUACCGCCAGCAUCAGUGUCUUGGGGGCCUCGUCCAUAUUUGGCGACGGCAAGCCUCGAACUUUGCAGCACCGCGAUUCGUUUGAUAGCUUCAUGUCUGCACAAACGACCGGCAACUCGGUGUAUAUUCCCCGCCGAGUGGAAAGCAUCAUGGGCGACGAGGACCGGCGCAAGUAUGAACUCGCCCAGGCGAACCAGGUGACCCAGUUUAUGGCCAACUCUCGACGCUUCCCGCCGCAUGGGCACGUCUAUGAUGUCUCCGAUGCUGAUCUGAGAAGACCAGAUGAGGCAGAUGCUGGGGAGCCACUGGUCCACGGACACGUGCGCCCGCCGAACCGCCGGGUGGACAGCAACGACAGCACAGCAACGACAGCAUCGUCACUGGACGGGCAAUAUCUGGCGUUACCUCAUAGCAUCCAUGACAACACCCGCGCAGGGCGCAGUCCGCUUGGACGAGCCAGCCUAGUGCGAUACUCGACGAUGGAUGAAGUCGAGCAACAGAUUGACGAGUCGAGUGGUGGUUCCCGUGUUAGUAGUUCCGGCGAUGGACAGAGCAGCAGGUUGCCACCACACGAGAAGAAAAAUUAA